UUAUGUUUCAAUACAAAACUUGUGAACAUUAACGACUGUACGCGAUAAUAAAUAUGGAUGCUGGCAGCGUGGUUAGCGAGCCGAUUUCGGCGCAUCAUCGCGCAUUUGCGAAACAAAAAUCCGCUUCAAUGACAAUACUAAAUCACCGUUCCAACAAAUACAGCACACACAACGAUAAUAAAAAUGUCGACACGAAAAUGUCCGAUGCCGAGGCAAACCUCAUUAAUAGCGCACAAACGCAAACCGCCACAACGGGACGACGACGCAAAGUAUCCUCGCUGGGCGGUACACUUUCCGCGCGUUCGUGUCGCAGUGAAACGAAAGAACUACGCUCGGCACUGCAAGAUCGAGAGGCAGUCAUACAAAAUCUGCGUAUACAAUUGUGUUUGGGCAAAUUGCCACGCCCUACCGGACCGCCACUCGAUGACAGCGAAAAGCCGGCGGCCGAACAAAAACUACAAAGGUUAAAAGCCGAAGCAGAAAAUAAGAAAAUCAAAAUCAAAAACUUGAAAAGUGCGCUGGAGAAACUCGAUAUUACGGAUAAUAUCGAUAUACGUAUACGGCAGGCGGAAUUAGAAUACGCGCUGGGACGUGAGGAACUGCAGAUGCUGUCGAUUGUGGAGGAGGCGCGUGCCUUGCAAGCGCGUUUGGAGAAAUCAAAGCCGGAAUUACAAACCAUUUACAACAUUCUCAAUUCCGGCGCCACGCUAAGCUUGCACGCCGUGCAUGCGACCACCGGCCGCUGGGCCGCGCACACCAAACCCGAUCAGCCCGGUUUCUAUGUGGAAUGGGCGCUCGAAGGUGAUGGCCUCUACAAAGGUGAUCGCAUACUCGAAGUCAAUGGCAAAAUGAUCGCCUGUCGCACCAAAGAGGAACUGCAGAAAGUCAUCGGCAAUUCGGGAAAAUGUCAAAUAGUGGUGCUGCGCAAGAAAUGUGCGCCAAUACCACAAAAACAGCUGGAUCAGGAGAAAGAGAACAAUAUGCGCCUACAGCAUCGCAUAUCCUAUCUCGAGGAGCAAGUGCGAGAAUUGCAAUCGGCGAAGGAGCAGCCUCAACAACAACAAACCCAAGCUAUAACGCAGACGGCACAAAACCAAACGACGGCGGCGCAUAUAAAUAACGGUACGAAUAGUCAUGUGACCAGCAUCAGCAUAUCAUCGCCGCCUUCGACGCCGCCCGACAACAAACCGCUCAUCUUUCAACGUGGCAAUUACAUUACUACGCUAGUUGGUGGCAAGCCAAUUGAAUUGAUCGGUGAGAAUAAUACCCAAAAUGCGUUGAGCAAAAGCAACUCUGUGGCGCAUAUCACUAAAACACUGAUCAAGGAGAAUACACAACUGGAUCUGCAACAAGAGCGUACACCGCGUGCCUGCGCGCCGCCUGCCUACACCUGCAUGCCACCGAAAUCCUUGUCCGCCUCCAAGAUCUCGAUCAACAGCGACUCUGCGUACAUGCAACACACCCAUUAUCGGCGCAGUGAGAAGGAGCGGCAUGCGCGCGAACGUGAGCGUGAGCGUUACGAGCGUUCAACGAGCAAAGCGAGCGCGCUGCAGCAUCGCGCGAAUAUGCAUGCGCGCAGCGUCGAACAUUUGAAUCACUAUAAUGGCAUGGAACGUCGUCGCGAUUGUUCUGUCACAGCCAAUACGCACUCACGUGUACCAGCCGAUAUGCGCAGCGUCAAGUCGCUGGAUUUCGACAGUGAUAACGAGUCCAAACCGAUCAGCGAUACUAUAUCAGAAGUGCGCGCUGUUCGACCCACACCGCCGAAGAAACCGCUGCGUUUAUCGCUGCAACGCGCGCAAAGCCUGCAAACUGUCGAAUUGACACCCAACUGCGAUGCGGAACGAAAGCGUCCCAUGAAACGAGCACAUAUCAACGACAAGUCACCAGCCGAUCGUGAGACUGCGAUGCUCUUUGAGAAUUGUAAUCCCCUGCAAACGGCGUCGUUGGGUAGACCGCGUGCGAACAUAUGAAAAUUGCUGAAUGUUCUCUUUAAGCGCAACGAAGAGACACAUUACUAGUGAGCGGGUGGGAAGGGAGGCUUAACCAUUUAAUUUAUAAGCCAAGUAGCUAUCGAAAAAUAAUCACGAAAUUAUUUUAGGCGGAUGUGUGCAAAAUUUAUAUUAUUUUUUAAAAGAAAAAAUUGUUUACUUAAUAUUUACAAAAAAUAUUACAAUGUUUACAAUUAAGUACUUAGGGAAGCUAGGGUGUGCUAAAUUAUAUUCAUAAAUGCUUUACUUAAUCGUAUAUACACAUACAUAUAUAAAUUUGCAAAUAUUUAU